UAUUUAUUUGUGCCAUAAAAAAACAAUCGAUCCUAUUUAACAACUAUUUGGGCUUUUAUAUCUACCAAACCUCCUUUUUUGAGCUGUGGUCACUAAAUGAAGGGCUUCUGGUCUGAGAGAGUCUAUCUAUUCCCUCAAUUGGAUGGGUAGCGGGGACAGUGUCUCCUGUGAUCUCAAGAAUAGGAGGGAAUGUUGACUAGGGAACACCACUGCGGCCGUUCAGAGGAGCAGGAACCAGAGCCCGGGCUGAGUCCCAAAAAAGCCGGAUCCGGACCGUGGCUCCAAAACGGUUGGAAGUGGAAGAUGGAGGAGCCAGAGGAGCCGGCAGAUGGUGGGCAGUCGCUACCUCCAGUUUACAUCUACAGUCCGGAGUAUGUCAGCUUGUGUGACUCCCUGGCCAAGGUCCCCAAACGGGCCAGUAUGGUACAUUCUCUGAUUGAAGCAUAUGCACUGCAUAAGCAAAUGAGGAUAGUGAAACCCAAAGUGGCCUCCAUGGAGGAGAUGGCUACAUUCCACACUGAUGCCUAUCUGCAGCAUCUCCAGAAAGUGAGCCAAGAAGGAGAUGAGGAUCAUCCGGACUCCAUAGAAUAUGGGCUAGGUUAUGACUGUCCAGCCACUGAAGGGAUAUUUGACUAUGCAGCAGCUGUAGGAGGGGCUACAAUGACAGCUGCCCAGUGCCUGAUUGAUGGGAUGUGCAAAGUAGCCAUUAACUGGUCUGGUGGAUGGCAUCAUGCAAAGAAAGAUGAAGCAUCUGGUUUUUGUUAUCUCAAUGAUGCUGUCCUGGGAAUAUUACGAUUGCGACGGAAAUUUGACCGUAUUCUCUAUGUGGAUUUGGAUCUGCACCAUGGAGAUGGUGUAGAAGACGCCUUCAGUUUCACCUCCAAAGUCAUGACCGUGUCCCUGCACAAAUUCUCCCCAGGAUUUUUCCCAGGAACAGGUGAUGUAUCUGAUGUCGGCCUAGGGAAAGGACGGUACUAUAGUGUAAAUGUGCCCCUUCAGGAUGGCAUACAGGAUGAGAAGUACUACCACAUCUGUGAGAGUGUACUAAAGGAGGUGUACCAAGCCUUUAAUCCCAAAGCAGUGGUGUUACAGCUGGGAGCUGAUACAAUAGCCGGGGAUCCCAUGUGCUCCUUUAACAUGACUCCAGUGGGAAUUGGCAAGUGUCUCAAGUACAUCCUUCAGUGGCAACUGGCAACACUCAUUUUAGGAGGAGGAGGCUACAACCUUGCCAACACGGCUCGUUGCUGGACAUACUUGACCGGGGUCAUCCUAGGGAAAACACUAUCCUCUGAGAUCCCAGAUCAUGAGUUUUUCACAGCAUAUGGUCCUGAUUAUGUGCUGGAAAUCACGCCAAGCUGCCGGCCAGACCGCAAUGAGCCCCACCGAAUCCAGCAAAUCCUCAACUACAUCAAAGCCCCAAGCUGAGACUUGCACAUCUUGUGAGGAAUGUUUUCAAGAGAACCCUCUUCAGGACAUCAUCUCCUCAGGUAUCCUGAAGGCUGAGAUUGACAUCCUUCUAGGGGCUAGCAUUUGGGACUUCAGGUCUGGGCAUGUUCAAGGCCUGCUGAAGCCCCAAGCUUGAAGCAGUGCUUCUGCCUCGGGGGACUCUACUCCAUGGAAACAUGGCUUCUUCGCAUACCUUCCCUUUCUUCCUGAGAAGCAGAUUGACCAUUUGCUUUAGGACAUUUUAGGAGGACUUGGAAGCAGGAUUAUGGAGGAUGACUUGAAACAAUUUGCAUGACAUCAAGUGAAGGUCUCUGUGACAUCCACGCCUUAUUCUCCCUUCCUCAGCUCUGCCUUCUCUGUAUUCUCCAUUUCCCUGUGGUCCUUUAUAGGACUAUUAAGUACCCAGGAUUCCCCAUUGAAGACUUCCUUUCCUUCCUGCUUCACUAAAAGGUAUAAUGAAUGGAAGCUGGGGUGUAGCUUAGUGGUAGUGCACUUAGGUGGCUUGCGCAAAGUCCUAGGUUUUCAUCCUCAGCACCACCACCCCCCAAAAAAGAAUAUAAGAAAUAGAAAGGUUUUCCAUUGUUGCUGUUAAACAGAAAAAUAAGCUAUAAAAAUAUCAUACUAAAUUUUUUACAAGUUCUAAAAUAA